UCAACAAUUUUGCAAUCAUGGCCGCCGAACUAAACAAACAUGGAGACAUGACCAAAACAAAAACACCAACUUGGAUAUAAAAUAAGCGAGUCGCUUACGACGUUAUUCACUUGUCAACUAGUUCAAGUACCAAAAUGUGGAAAAUUCUUGCGUUUGUGGCGACUUUAGCUAUUGGUGUUCGCAGUGACUGCAACAGGAACCUUAUCCCUGACCUCAGUUACAAGCUCAGUGGUACCAACCUCGCGUUUCCUUGCGAAGCCACCAAGAACAUCUACCUCCAAACCGGACGUUAUGUCCCGAAGAACGUCAUCGGGACCCGAAUGCAGAUUUACAAGGAGGACGCGAUUGUGGCCCUUCCGCGUUUCAAACAUGGCGUCCCUUUCACCCUUGCUAAAUUCAAUUUGAAACAGCGCGGUUGCCAUGCCACCCUUCAGCCCUUCCCGUGUUGGGCCAUCCAAGAGGAGGGGAAUUGCGACGCCCUGCAGAACGUUGUGGACAUCUUCCUCGACCCUUUGGACAUCCUCUGGGCUUUGGAUUUGGGGAUUUGCAACACUUUGGAGCAGCCGGUGAGGCGAUGCCCCCCGAAAAUCGUCGGGAUUAACGCCGCCACGGGUCAGGUGAUCAAAACUGUGGACCUCUCGCCCUUCAUGACCCCCCAGAGUCGCUUCCAGUACAUGAUCGUGGACUAUUCCAAGGACGGGAAAGCGUGGGUUUACGCUAGCGAUGCGGGGGCUGGGGGGAUCCUCGUUUAUGAUGUCUUUGGAGGGAAGGGCUACAGGGUUGUGUUACCGGCCGCGGCCAGUGCUGGGGGUAACAAAGACGUCCUCUACAUAGCCCUUGCGAGGAAAUCCUGCGGAAACGUCCUCUACUUCACUUACUUGUCCUCGCCUAGAGUUUUCAGUAUCAAAGUUUGCUACUUGCAAAGUGGGCAAGCCAAUGGGGCAAUUGUCGACGUGGGGGCUAAGCCUCCCGGGACUAGGAUCGUGCUUCUGGGGACUGAUAAUGGAGCUGCCAUCUUCUUCAGAUACAAGGGAGAGUCGGAUAUUUACAUUUGGAAUACUGAUACUGCCUUCAAACCUGAGAAUUUCCUCUUGGUACAAAAGGGUGGGGAGUGCAGGUUGUCGACUCAGGUGGUACCAGGAUAUAAGAGACUUAUGUGGGCUAUUGAGAGCAAUUUCCAUGAUUAUAUUUCCAACACUGUGGGCUGUUUGGGGGCGAGCAUGGCUGUGCAUCCGCUUAUCAAAACAUGCGAUUAAGAAUGUUGAAAAGCUUGCUGUGAUUGGUUAUUAAAUGGUUAUUAAAUUAAA